AUUAACAAAAAAAAUGAAAAUUUAGCUCCUAAAUUGCGUUGUCCAUGAAAAUUAGUAAAACACACAAUAAUUCAUCUAUGAUUCUAGACCCAAGUAAAAAAAAGGAAACAUUCUGCAGAUUCAAAAGCUCAACAAUUUUUUAGAAAAAAGCCAACGAAGAAAAGAAAUUGAUUAAAAAGUGGAAGCAUAUGAAUCAAUGGCGAUGGAGAGCUCUAUCAGGUAUGCAAUUGAGCAUUUCAAAAACCCACAUAAAGGGAUUUUUGUAUAUUGAUAUGCUCUAGAGAGAGAGAGAUAUUGAUAUGCUUUAGAGAGAGAGAGAAUCACACCAUGAAUAUAUUCAACUCCCUGUUCUGAAGCCAUGUUCAUGACCACAUCCUUGAGCUUCUAUCUUUUCCUAUUCUCACCAAAUUCAUACACUGAAAAACCAUUUCACCCAUAAUGACCAUUUGAUAUGAGAAUGAAGAUUCAGACCCCAAUUCCCACCUUUUUAAUUCCUUUCAGUACAUCAAAUUCCUUCUCUUCCCAACUAAUAGCACCAUCAACCGCUCUCCAACAAAUUGCAUUUGAAUUGAAAGUUUGCUCUUCAAACAAUGACCUCCAAAAGGGACUGUAUCUCCACACCAAGAUCUUCAAAACUGGCCUAUUAUCUGAUAUUUUCACAAACAACUUCCUUCUAAACAUGUAUUCAAAGUGUGCCACUAUUCUCAAUGCCCAACAAGUCUUUGAUGAAAUGCCCCAAAGAAAUGUGGUCUCCUACACUUCCCUAAUGGAUAGUUACAUUAAGCACAACCAACCCAAGUCAGCAGUUCAGUUAUUGGGCCCAAUGGGCCUAGAAGGAGUGGGGCCAAAUGAUUUCACAUUAGCCACUUGUAUUAGCGCUUGCGCCCGCCUGGUGGACCCCACUUUAGGCUCCGGGCUCCAUGCUAAGGCCCACUUACUUGGUCACGUGGCAAACUCAACAGUUGCCACCUGUUUAAUUGACAUGUAUGGCAAAUGCGGGCAGGCCCAUGAGGCCCAACAGGCCUUCGGUGAAGCCCAGGCCCGCAAUGUUGUCACUUGGACGGCCAUGAUCGCAGCCUAUGUCCACGCUGGCCAUUGGAUGGAUGCCAUGUGUCUAUUUUCCAAUAUGCCCUAUGAGGGGCCAAUGGCCCCUAACCAAUUUACCUUUGCUACCAUUGUGGGGGCAUGUGCCAGUGGGGCCCGCCUUGCUGCCGGAAAAAUGACACAUGCUGCCCUUUUACGGCGAUCUUUUCAUCGAAAUGAGGUUGUCUCGUCUUCACUGAUCGAUAUGUAUGCAAAAUGUGGUUGCAUUGCCUCUUCUAUUCGAGUUUUCAGGGCAAUUAAUGGGGACCCAUCUGUGAUUUCAUGGACUUCCAUCAUAGUUGGGUUGGCCCAACACGGCUGUGGCCUAGUCUCUCUCAAGCUCUUUGAUGAGAUGCUAGAGAGAGAAGCCAAACCUAAUGAUGUCACAUUCUUAGGUGUACUAUAUGCUUGUAGUCAUUCGGGGCUGGUUGAUGAGGGCUUGAAACACUUUGAAUCAAUGGAGGCUUUACAUGGGGUUGUUCCUGAUGCUAAGCAUUAUACUUGUAUGGUGGACUUGCUGGGAAGGGCGGGAAGGCUCGAUCAGGCUUAUGAAUUGAUCAAGAACAUGACCAUAGAACCAGAUUAUCUUUCUUGGAGUUCUUUGUUAUCGCAUAGUAGAAUUCAUGGUAGGUUCGAUUUGGCGAUUAUGGCUGGAGAAAAGCUCAUCGAAUUGAACGAACAGGUUGCUUCAACUUAUGUUAUGCUAUCAAAUAUGUACGGUAAGAUAGGGAGAUGGGAUGAUGUUAGUAGGAUUAGGAGAGAGAUGAAGAGGCUGGGGAUCAAGAAGGAGCCUGGUUGCAGUUGGGUUGAGAUCAAAGACAAGGUUUACAUGUUCUUUGCAGGGGAUGAGAUGUUUGAGCAGAGAGAAGAAAUAGAAAGAGUACUGAGGGAAUUGGAGAAGAAGAUGAGAGAUAGAGGGUAUGUAACAGAUCAGAGUCUGGUGUAUUAUGAUAUUGAGGAUGAGGCCAAGGAGAUGGUUCUUGGUUCCCAUAGUGAGAGGUUGGCACUGGGUUUUGCAUUGGUUAGCAGCACGGCGGGGUCUACAAUUAGGAUUAUGAAGAAUUUGAGGAUGUGUGGUGACUGUCAUGAGGCAUUCAAAAUCAUGGGAAACAUUGUUAGGAGGGAGAUUAUAGUGAGAGAUGUGAAUAGGUUUCACCAUUUUAGAGCUGGUGUGUGCUCUUGUGGGGAUUACUGGUGAUGUGUGACCACAUAUCAUAUUAUAUGAGUUUUAGUUGGAAUGGAUUGGAUCAUUUUUCAGGACAGGAACUGGAAAGAGUGUGGUCGCAAUUGAAUGGAGAUAGGGAAGAAGGUUUGAAGCCGACCCCAAAUAAUUGGAAAAAGGCUAUGAUGAUGAUGAGGAGGAGAGAAGAAGAUUUGACAUGUUCCUUACAGGAGUGAGAGGUGCAUGAUUUGUAGGCUAUGCUAUAUGGAGAGAGCAAAAAUGGCAGAAACAGUGUGCAUGGCUGGUAAGAUAUGGUGUUCAAUGAGAUUGAUGAUGAGACCAAUGAACUGGUCCUUGGGUCUCAAAAUGAGAGGUGGGGUAAUGGGUUAAAGCUGAUUGGUAUUGUUGAAGAGUUCCCCGACAUCAGGGAUAUAUGAGGCAUCCAAGUCAUUGGGGACACGGGAAACUGUAGAAGAGAUCCUAAUGAGGUUCAUCAUUUUUAGAUUUGGUAAGGCUCAUGGUUGGGUUUGGGAGAGAAUGCUCGAAAAUAUUUUCGCCAUUUGUGAGGUGUGAAUAGGUUACAUCCCUCUUAUUGUUAGGAUUUUUUUUUUAGGUGAGUCUGAUAAGGGGAGAGGGUCCCUACCCUUUGGUAGAAAUUGAGCAUAUGGCGUAGCGUUGCAAAUGUCAAGGGCUAGCCAAUUAAGCCCGGACUCUUUUUCUCUUAUUGUUAGGAUGUGCUUGAAGUGGUAUUAGUUCUUGAACUGGAUCUCUGCCCUGUGAUCACUGUAGAUGAUCCAGUUUUUGUGAGAUAUGAUAAAAUUUCACAAUUUUAGAGAGGGUUUAUGAUCAGUCUGAGUAAGGGUUACGAAAGCCACUUUCAAGUUGAUUUUGUAUGUAGUGUCGUAGAAGGUUAUGAACCUCUAAUAUGGAUUGAUAUUAACUUG